CUUUAAAGUCCGGGAAGUAGUUAAUUAAGGCUUUGCAGGCCAUACGGCCUCUGCUGACACUACUAAACUGCCAUUGUGGCACAAAAGCGACCACAGACAGUACAUAAAUCAGUGAACAUGGCUGUAUGACAAAAUUUUAUGGACAUUAACAUUUGAAUUUCUUAUAAUCAUACGAACGUUCAUAUUCUUUAGAUUAUUUUUCAACCAUUUAAAAUGUUUUUAAAAACCCUCCCAAAUUACACUUUGACAACAAACACGUGUCAGCCGCUUCAGUAUUGUAAAUACCCUUGAAUGUAAUACAUAUGGCAAGAAAUAACAGGACUUGUCAUUAAACUUUAGCUACUUUGAGUUUUAAGAAAUAAGAUUUGAAAAAUAAGAACCUUAACACUUAAGCAUGGAAUAGAGCUUGCCUGUCUUUUUCUCCAUUACAAGGUAAAAAUUGUCUCGUGAUAUUUCUGUUUAUUUAGCUUAGGGUUAGGGAAGUUUUAACUUAAAAAAAAAAAAAAAAAAAAAGCAAGAGCAAGUGUAAAUCCCUGAGGUGGAAGCAUGUCUGAACCGUGAGGAGGAAGCCAGUGUGGCUCCAGCAGGACCAGUAAGGGGAAGAGAGGAGAUCAGAAUGGUACCAGGGCCCUGGCCUGCAUGUAGGGACAUUCACUUACUGAAUAUGUUAUCCAGCGGCAAAAUCCCACGCCAUUUGCCAUCCUCCAAGGUAAGAGACUCAGACCUGGAGGGAGCAGGAGAAAGGACAGUGGCGAGAGCACAGGAAAGCCCUUAAAUCGGCCUUGCUGUCCACCAUUAGUCGCUCUGAAUGGUUCAUCUGCUAGGUCUGUGAGCCGAAGACGGCGGAACGAACAACUCAUGUUCUGCUGAAGUUGUUUUCAUCCUGAUGCACUAGAGGCGGUUCAAUCCCGAUGGUCCGAGCAGGACACACUACAUAUUUCCAUCCCAAGAAUCACUCUCAGGUCCUCCAAGUCUGAGCCUUACACGUGCGGUUGCUAAGCAACGACUGUGGGCGUGGCCCUUUGGGCAUAAAGAGUCGGAGCCCCGCCCUAGGCGGACGCCGGUAUUUCAGGAUCUUGAUCUUUAAAGUCCUCCCACUCAACUUUCAAUGGGCGGGGCUACGACAGCAGCUGUCACCUCCUCUCCGCCCCGCUGGCUCUCACUUGUGUCCGGGUCUUCGAUAACAGCUCUUUUUCCGGGACUUCCUGGUCGCCGUGACCAAUCAGAGUGUUGUUUCCGUCCUUGCCGUGGUCGGCUCGCAGACCUCGGCGCUCCUCUACCUACGCCUCUUAAAGGCGCCGCCAACGCCUCGGGAGCCCGGGCGCACCAAUUCCUCGGUUCCUGUCCCCAGCUGCAGUAUGGAGUCGUCCCACGGGCGGCCUGGGCCCGAGUCAGACCUUCUGACUUUGGGGAGAGAGCGAGCCGCGGUCUUCGGCGGCGGGCCGGGCCGAGCGCCUUCUGAACCGCCCUCAGGCUUCCGGGUGUCGGGAGAGGAAGAAGCCGAGAACGUUGGAGGCUCGAGCCGCCACGCCAGGGCGUCCCCUAAGACUUCGAGCUACGGCGUCGUCCACUGGCCGGGACCGGAGGCUCCAGAGAACGAGCUCGGCCGCACAGUGAUGCUGUGUGGACCCGGGAACCACCAGGGAGCGCCGGAUCCCGAGCACAACCCGCACGGGUCUUCCAUCCGCCAGGACCCCGAGCCGCCCGAGGACAAGCCUGUGUCCGAAACGAUCAGCCGUCGAGGAGGCCCGGGAGGCGGCGGGAUGGAUGUUGAGCAGGAGGAGGAAGACGACGAGGGGGCGGCCGGCCGGGCUGGCAGAUCGUUCUCCAGCCGUCUCGACAGCCCCAUCUCCAGCCCCCUGGAGCUGGAGGGCACGGUGAGCCGCCAGGGCGACCUCACCCAUUUUGUCGCCAACAACUUGCAACUCAAGAUCCGUCUGAGCAGCAGCUCUCAACCCCCGCCCCCUGCCCCUGCGCCGCCCUGUUCAGCGCCCUCGUCCACCCCGGCCAUCCCCCCCAUCGACCCGGACGUGCUGCGGGACCUGGAGCGGCUGAGUCGGGAGCUGGGCGGCAGGGUGGACCGUCUGCUUCGCGGGCUGGGUGGCGCGGUGCAGGAGCUGACAGCCCUGAGCGUGGGCUGCAUCCAGACCUACCGCGACGCCGUGGACUCCCUAGGCGAAGCCGUGGACAUGAGCAUCAAGGGCAUGUACACCCUGCUGGCGCGCUGCGAGGAGCUGGAGAGGGCUCUGCAGCCGGUGCAGGGGCUGGCGCGCCAAGUCCGGGAUAUACGACGCACCCUGGAGGUGUUGGAGGCUCUGUGCAAGUGACCAGGAGGGCGAGAGAGACCAGGCCAGGGCCCAGUAGGAUCCUAAGGACUCUUCAAGAUGCAUUUAGCAGGCCGGCGUCCACUCGCUGGGCCGUAUGCAGGUCUAUAUGGGAAGUUCUAAAGGCUUUCCUGGUGGGAGGUGAUGAUGCUCAGCUUCUAUUCAGUUGGCCAUCUGUAGCUACGUUGUUUUCCUCAGCUCUUCUCUAACUAAAGCACCGUCCCUGGGAACCCAGGGCUUCAGGUCUGGGCUUGAGAGACAUGCUAGGUGGGAUCAAGAAAGGGGAACAGAGGCCCCAGCCCCCACUGUGCCCACUCUGACUCCAGUAUCACAUCUCAGGUGCCAGGAGCGAUGGGAGUUUGAGUGGUCCUUGGUCACACACCAUGCAGACAGGGAUGCACACCUGCAGAUGGGUAACCUCAUGCUUUUGCCCACUGGCCCCCUACCAUCCCGUUUCAGCCAGACCAGGGUGGAGCUAGAAGGAAUGCAUUGCAUGGUAGAAGGGGUGAGUUGGGAGUGGUCUCACUGCUCUCAGCAUUCAGUAGAAUUGUUGCUGGUUUUGAAGCCCACCUGUUGUGGAGUGUUCUAAUCAGUUUUAACUUUCUGAGUUUUUGUGGAAUUAAAGUGCUGCUGCUGCUGCUGCUAAGGCUGAA